GUUCUGAAGUUCUGUAAAAACUUUGAAGCCUGUUUCUACUAGCACUGGCAACUGAAGUUCAUCUGUGGAACAGAACCGUUGGAGAGAAGGAACUGCUGCAGUUUUGGAAUACAGAAGACCACCUUCAUCUUUGCAGAGGUUACGCAUCUCAAUGGAUGGGCCAUUGUGACAGACUGACACUGGGACUCUGCUUCUCUCAGCCACUGUCAAAGGCUACGGUGUGAGCAGAUCUGAGAGCACAAGAAGAAUCAGUGGGAAUCUUGGAUGGACAAAGAGAUUCUGACAGAAGGCUUCAGUUUCACUUCCCGAAGAGAAUUGUCCUUCUUCCCAAAAAGCUGGUGUACUUGUGUGGAGAGGCCAUGGAUUCUUCCUGAAGAUAGUGUGUUUGCUGGUGUGUUUGACAGCUCGGGGCUGCUGGCGAGGAGCUGCUCGGCCUGGGGAGCUGCCAGGAACACGAUGCCCUGCCCUGCUCUCGGCCUUGGGAAGCUGUGAGUUGCUCAUGUCCAUAAGGAGGAAGGAUGGCUCAUGGAAUUCCUUCACAAGGCAAAGUUACCAUAACGGUGGAUGAGUACAGCUCCAACCCGACGCAGGCCUUCACGCACUACAACAUUAACCAGAGCAGGUUCCAGCCUCCGCACGUGCACAUGGUCGACCCUAUCCCAUACGAUACUCCAAAACCAGCGGGCCACACGCGAUUUGUCUGCAUCUCAGACACACACUCCAGAACAGAUGGCAUCCAGAUGCCUUAUGGGGACAUCCUUCUCCACACGGGCGAUUUCACCGAGCUGGGACUGCCCUCAGAGGUUAAGAAGUUUAAUGACUGGUUAGGAAACCUGCCAUAUGAAUAUAAAAUAGUGAUCGCUGGGAAUCAUGAACUGACAUUUGAUAAGGAAUUCAUGGCAGACCUUGUUAAACAAGAUUACUACCGCUUUCCUUCUGUGUCCAAAUUGAAACCAGAGGACUUUGACAAUGUUCAGUCACUCCUGACAAAUAGUAUUUACUUACAAGAUUCAGAAGUAACAGUUAAAGGAUUCCGGAUAUACGGUGCCCCGUGGACACCGUGGUUUAAUGGAUGGGGCUUUAACCUACCCAGAGGUCAGUCUUUGCUAGACAAGUGGAACCUUAUCCCUGAGGGCAUUGAUAUACUAAUGACACACGGACCUCCCCUUGGUUUUCGAGACUGGGUUCCAAAAGAGCUGCAGAGAGUUGGUUGUGUGGAACUGCUAAACACAGUGCAAAGGCGAGUAAGGCCCAAACUCCAUGUCUUUGGUGGGAUCCAUGAAGGUUAUGGCAUUAUGACAGAUGGUUACACAACGUACAUCAAUGCUUCAACGUGUACAGUCAGCUUUCAACCAACCAACCCUCCAAUUAUAUUUGACCUUCCAACCCCUCAAGGAUCAUGAAGCACUGCUGCACGUUUGGAACUGAGGAAGGUCUAUAAACUGCCAUUUUCUAAUUACAAUACUUGCAUUCUGUUACAUGUUUAUUUCACAAUUUUUUGUGGGGGGCAUUUUGGGAGGGAGAGUUGAGGGGUUUUUGUUUUGGGGCGGGGGUUUUUUUUAGUAAAUUGCUGGUGCAACGAAACAAGACGAAAAGUUAGAGGUUGUGCUUUUUGGAAAUGCAGCGUUCAUUUGAAAUUGGAAAAGCAUUGUGAAUUUGUAAAAUUAAUUUUGUUUUUCAAUAAACUGCCAUUGUAAAUUGUUAUAGUGUUCUCAAAAGGACAGCCAAGCUUUCUUUUAAGAAGUGAGAGACCUUAUUUUAAUAUUAUAUGAUAAGCUAAAAAAAAAAUAGGCAGCAUUUAAAAACACCCAAAUUUGCACAACUUUUG